AUCUUGUGCACCAAACAUGACCUGAGAGUGCCCUAAAAUUGAUGCUUGACUGAAAUCCCAUUGUACUCUCAUUACCGUUUUUUCUUCUCCACGAAAAACCCUAGCCGCUUCUCACCUUUCAAUCAACGACUCCCCAACAAAAAUGACAGGAGAGGCAGUGAAUCCAAAAGCGUACCCUUUGGCCGAUGCACAACUCACACUAACAAUACUGGAUCUUGUUCAACAAGCUGCCAACUACAAGCAGCUCAAAAAGGGUGCUAAUGAAGCGACCAAGACACUGAACAGAGGCAUUUCUGAGUUCAUUGUGAUGGCAGCAGACGCUGAGCCUCUUGAGAUUCUUCUCCAUCUUCCUUUACUUGCUGAGGAUAAGAUUACGUUGUGUGAUCAACCAUAUCUUGUAAGUUGGGAUGACAUUAGCAGAUGCAGACAUAAUAAUGUUCCCUAUGUGUUCGUCCCAUCAAAACAAGCACUUGGACGAGCAUGUGGAGUCACCCGGCCAGUCAUUUCAUGUUCUGUGACAACUAAUGAGGGAAGUCAAUUGAAAUCCCAAAUACAGCAAUUAAAGGAUGCUAUUGAAAAGCUAUUAAUCUGAAAAUUUGAUAUUCGGUAUGAUGGGCUUCUUGAGCUGUGCUGAAUGCUCCUGUAGAGGCUUUGACUGGUCGAGUUGUGUUCAACCUUUAUAUGUAAACUUACAUUAAUAUUUAUCUCUGCUGCAAAAGAUUAUUGGAGAGCAAUAUUUUUUAAGUUAGUGCGAAUGAUGUUUACUGUUAUUAUAAAUUGUAUCGACGCUACUAUUUGGUGCCAUUAGAAAUUUUAAACUACCUGAUUAU